AGCGCAGCACGCAGAGCGGCUGAGCGCACCGCGCAACCUUGGAUCUAUUUCAAGGGAAAUUAACCCGGGAAGACACCGGCAGCGCCGUGGUCCUGAGCGUAUGCCCCUGGAGAAGCUAGGCAUGAGCACCUCCCUGAGCUACAAGUCUUUUUCCAAAGAGCAGCAAACCAUGGAUACUUUGGAGAAGCAGCUGAUUUGCCCUAUCUGCUUGGAGAUGUUCACGAAGCCCGUGGUCAUCCUGCCCUGCCAGCACAACCUGUGCAGAAAAUGUGCCAGCGACAUUUUCCAGGCCUCGAACCCCUACCUGCCAACGAGGGGCGGCACCACGGUGGCUUCGGGAGGUCGCUUCCGCUGCCCUUCCUGCAGACAUGAGGUGGUCCUCGACCGGCACGGCGUCUACGGGCUGCAGAGGAACCUCCUGGUGGAAAACAUCAUCGACAUAUACAAGCAGGAGUCCACAAGACCUGAAAGAAAGUGUGACCAACCAAUGUGUGAAGAGCACGAAGAUGAGAGAAUUAAUAUCUAUUGUUUGAACUGUGAAAUGCCCACCUGCUCCUUGUGCAAAGUCUUUGGUGCCCAUAAAGACUGUCAAGUUGCUCCUCUCACAAACGUUUAUCAGAGACAGAAGUCCGAACUCAGUGACGGCAUCGCGGUCCUGGUGGGGAGCAACGACCGAGUGCAAGGGAUAGUCACGCAGCUGGAGGAGACCUGCAAGGUAGUUGAGGAAUCCUGCAGACGACAGAAAGAGCAGCUGUGUGAAAAAUUUGAUUAUCUCUAUUCUGUACUGGAAGAAAGAAAAAAUGAGAUGACACAAAUAAUCACUAGAACCCAAGAGGAGAAACUGGAACAUGUCCGCUCCCUGAUGAAGAAGUAUGCGGAUCAUUUGGAAGCCGUGUCAAAGCUAGUUGAAUCAGGAAUCCAGUUCAUGGAAGAACCAGAAAUGGCUGUGUUUUUGCAGAAUGCCAAAACAUUGCUACAAAAAAUUACUGAAGCAUCUAAAGGAUUUCAAAUGGAAAAAAUAGAGGACGGCUAUGAAAAUAUGAGCCAAUUCACAGUGAACCUCAGUAAAGAAGAAAAAAUAAUAAGGGAAAUUGAUUUUGACAAAGAGGAAGAGGGCGAAGAGGAAGAGGAGGAGACAGUGGACGGUGAAGAUCUGGACGAAGCCCACACAGAGUCCUCAGCAGAGGAGGAGCAGGAGGAGGAGGAAGAAGGGGCCGAGAGAGCAGCGCCAGCAUCUCAGCAGGACCCCGAAGCAGCGAACGCAGCCGGGGAGCCUCGGGACGAGGUUGUGGCACCAAGUGGCUCUCAGCAGACCGCAGAGUCUGACAGUCCUGUGUCAUCCACAGCAGAAACCGCCGAUCCCUUGUUUUAUCCUACCUGGUAUAAGGCUCAGUCGCGGCAAUCAAGCAGCCCGAGCUCGACCCCCGCGAGCGGGCUGGGGAAAGUAGGGCCUCCUGUUUCUCCGGAAGCGAGUGCUCCGAAGGCAGAAGCCCCAGCCGUGGUGGAGAGCGCAGCGGGGAGUGGUAAGGAAGGUCCCACCACCACGGCAGCGUCCCAGGGGUUAGCAUUCUGCAUAUCACUUUUGGCAUUUCUUAUCAUACUACAUCAUCUUUGGAAUCUGGUUCAAUACAUGAUUUGUACUUUCAUGGAUGCCACCACGCGCAUCGCAGUUGUGCUGACGCAGCUGUUUGCAGGGCUGUGA